AAAGGAACACAGUGCACAGCAAUGGCGAGUGGGGAUGGCAACAGGCCCGAUGAGGUUAUGAGUCCCUCCUCAUCUCUGUUUCGGCGAAUGAAGUUACAGAACAUUCCUCCCUGGCCCGCUCCCAUGGCCGGGAUCCCCGCGGGGGGAUGGGAGCAAAUUGCCACCCCUAAAUUGGCGAGGGAGCGAGACAUAGGUAGCUGGACCGAUCUCCUCCACUCUUCCACCAAGCUUCUCGAACAAUCGGCUCCUUCUGCCCAGUUCCCUCUUCUUCAGAGGAACUUAGAUCAGUUAGAGGCUCUGUCGAACAAGCUCAAAGCAAAAACUUUAAGAACUGAGGUUCCUUCUCAAUCUAUUGCUGCCACAAGGCUACUUGCACGUGAAGGAUUAAAUGCUGAGCGGCUUGCUCGUGAUCUGAAGUCCUUUGAAUUGAAGACAACAUUUGAGGAUUUCUUUCCUACUGAGGCAACGACUGUUGAAGAGUAUCUGCAACAGGUUCAUGAAAUGGCAAUGGUGUCAGCCAUCCAAGAAGCUCAAAAGGAUAAUGUCAGAAGUUUUAAUGAUUACACGAUGAAGGUUUUGGAGGAAGAUUGGAAAAAGGAAAAAAAGAUGUGAUUUCCUUCAGAGCUUAAGCCGGAUUUCAACUUUACCCAAGGCUAACAUAAUUGAUAAAAGUGCUGGUGGCACUCCUCCAGCUCAACUUGUGCCCACUGCUUCUAGUCCUCAGGUUUCUUCUGCUCUUUGCAUGGAACUUGUACCUUUAGCUAGUAGGCCAAUCCUGGAGAAAAAGAUGUCAGUUUAUGCUGAAGUUGUGAGGAAUCUGAACAAAGCAAGAGAAUGAGGCUUGCCAUUUAAACCAGCAAAAUACUUUAAGAGUGCUUAUGAGAGUUUGAGCAUCAAAGCAUCCGGUGGAAAAUCAGUUAACAUGCAAAAAUUAUGGCACCUUAUUCAGACACUAAAUGGUGAGGAUUAUGCUAUGCAACCAAGUGUUUCAAGAAGAAUGUCAUUGGUAAUUGGUGCAAGGCACCACCUGGAAUGGGGGCAUGGAAAAUAUAUCAUGGAUACAAUUAAAAGUCAUCCCGCACAAGUAUGAUUUUUACCUGUAAUUAUUAUUUUUAUUAUUUUUGCUUCAAUUGAUUGAUCUGAAAAGCUAGCCUUCUGCUUUUGCUUCUAUAAACAGAAAGUGAUGGUUGUAAACUGUAAAGUAGUUGUAAUGCUUCUGCUAAAGCUUAUGCUGUCUUUGUUUAUUUUUUAUCUUAACAUAGCUGCUCUUGCUGGAGCUGUCGGAAAUUUGCAGAGAGUUCGUGCCUUUCUUUGGGUCUGCCUUUCUGUGCAUCUUCAACUUGCAUGUUGCACUCUGUUCCUUUAGCCUCCGUGUCUUCUGAGAAUUUUGGUUUCAUAUUUGUCUGUGCAGAUACGAUUUAGAGCAUAUUUGGUGAAGUUUGUAAGUGUUUCAGUUUUUUGAUACUUUCAUCAAAAUAAUAUACUCUAAAAUAAUAA